AUGUCUACCGUCCCUACCAACGACCACAUCCUGGUCCCUGAGACCCUGCUCAAGAAGCGCAAGAGCCAGGAGAAGGCUCGCGCUGAGCGUGCUUCCGUUGUUGAGAAGCGCAAGGCUGCCAACAAGGAGAAGCGUGGUGUCAUCUUCAAGCGUGCCGAGAAGUACGUCCAGGAGUACCGCAGCGCUGAGCGUGAGAAGAUCCGCCUUCGCCGUGCCGCCAAGGCCGACGACUCUGCCUACAUCCCCGCUGAGGCCAAGCUGAUCUUCGUCGUCCGCAUCAAGGGUAUCAACAAGAUGCCCCCUAAGCCCCGCAAGGUCCUCCAGCUGCUCCGUCUUCUCCAGAUCAACAACGGUGUCUUCCUGAAGGUCACCAAGGCCAUCACUGAGAUGCUCAAGAUUGUUGAGCCCUGGAUCGCCUACGGUUACCCCAACCUGAAGUCCGUCAAGGAGCUCAUCUACAAGCGUGGAUACGGAAAGGUCGAGAAGCAGCGCGUUGCCCUGACCGACAACUCCAUCGUUGAGGAGAACCUCGGCAAGUACGGCAUCAUCUGCGUUGAGGAUCUCGUCCACGAGAUCUUCACCGUUGGCCCCAACUUCAAGCAGGCUGCCAACUUCCUGUGGCCCUUCAAGCUCAGCAACCCCAACGGUGGCUUCCGUCCCCGCAAGUUCAAGCACUUCAUCGAGGGUGGUGACCUUGGCAACCGUGAGGAGGCCAUCAACGGUCUCAUCCGCCAGAUGAACUAA